CAUUUCGUAAGCCGAGGUGAGAGCUCCCAACUAUUUUGUUUCUUAUUUUCACAAAGAUUUUUGCAAGUUAGUAGCAGUGGUAGGAAGAGGGCAAUUAUUUUUUAUAUCCCCAAUGAAUACCGAGAUGAAACGAACGACCCCUGGUCCAGGAGGCCCAAAUGCAUACAGGAACUUCCUCGCUUGUUUCAAGCAGGAGAACUUCUGGUUGCAGGAAAGCGAUGUCGACAAAUUGGCCAACAUUAAGUGGGCCGAUUUCGACAGGAAUCAGCGACAGGAGUUCUACGCCAACAGAUACAAAGUAAAUAUGGAGGCCAAGCUGAAGAUGGUCACCAUAGAGCCUUUCUUCGGAAUGGGAACCGGGGAACCUUGUCAAUUUAUAAAUAUAGACGAUAUAAUCAGUCCGGUCAACUCGUGUAACCCGAAUUCGGUGGAAACCAUUCAGACGACAGCCGAAGUUCAUGCCUCAGAAGAGCCAGAAAGCCCCUAUAUUAGUGAUUCCAAUUUGAAUAAGUCGAGGCAGAGUUCGGUGUGCGCAAUGGAGAAUCUAAAUCGGAAGUCUACAACCCGAAACUCAGCAGAAUGGGAACCUAUAAGUAAACCAAUAAGUGAACUGAGUCACCGAAACUCAGCAGAAUGGGAACCUAUAAGUAAACCAAUAAGUGAACUGAGUCACAAGUCAAUCAGCGAAGUAGAUCAAGCAGAUCACCAUGGAAUUUCAAAGACAGUAAUAACUGAAAUGUCCAUUUCAACCGUGACGAUAAGAGGAGAGCCCUUUGCCAACUUCCUUCAGGAAUUCUCUGUAGAGAAGGGAACGAAACCCCGAGAGAAUGUCAAGGAAGCCUCCGCGAAAUGGGAUCAAAUGAAUGCCACGGAGAAGGAAGCCUAUACAGCCGAGAAUUAUGUCCUGAAACUGUGUUCCCAAGUGAGAAACUUUGAUCAAUUUUUCGAUCCACUUGUGCUGAAUCAGGAAAACCUGUCGAAUGAACCAAUGGACUUGGAUGAACUUGCACCGUCAGAUAAUUCUAUUAAACACACAGUGAAGCCAAAACCAAGGGCCAAGGGAAAGGCAAAGAACACUCCAGCUAAAAAAGUGCGAAAACUUCCUAAGCGCACAGCUAAAAAGGUUCGUGGAGUGCAAACCCCAAUGAAUGAACCCGAAAACCAUGAGGCUCCUGAACCCAUGGCGACUCCACUCCGUCGCGCCAAAUACAAUUCGGGGUACCUGAAUUUCCUUCGGGAGCUAAGGAGAGUCAAUUCUGGACCAGUCCUCUCCGUCGAGGCCACCAAUUUGUGGCGCAAACUUCCCGCUGGCGAGAAGGAUAUGUACAAGGAUUUGAGCAAGACAGUCGUGCAGAAGAAACCAGCUCGCAUCAUUACCAGGAAGAGUUCCGUGCAAAAGCCCCAAACCCGAAGAAAACCGCGAGCUGCAAAGGUGCAACUCGUUGAUGCAGCUAACUUGACUGAUUUUGAGCCAGUGCAGCAAGUGCAACCCACCCCGCUGCAAUCCAAUAUAGAUGUUGCAACCUCAACUGAUUUUAUGCCAGUGCAACAGGUCCAGGAAACCCAGCUGGAAGUCUAUCAGGGUCCGAAUACGAACAUUCCUAAUGGGCACUCCUGGCAACAACUAUUUUCGAGAGCAGCUCGAAAAGUAAAAAAUAUAUUCUAUUAAAAACGUAUUUCGCAUUUUGGCAAAUUUUCCAAAUUAUAAACGUAAAAUGUUUUUAGGUAUUCUAAAUUCCAUUUUUAUAUCUAGUGAUGCUUGGCCAAUUUUUCAAAUUUGUAAUGUAAAAUGUUUAAGCCUAUGAAUAACAAACGUUUUAUUGUUAAUCCCAUAAAGACAAACCAAUCCAAAA